UACAAAUCAAUUCAAUAACUAUCAUUCAAAUGACAUCAUGUUCAAAAUAAAUUAAACACAAAUAUAAAAAUGAAGCUAAUUUUUGGAAACUGUGUGAUUCCAAGGACGACAGAAAUAUAAAACAGAUUCAUGUGUGUUGUUCCGCGAAGCCAAAUGUUUGAAUGUAUAUAGUGUGUUAUUCAAACAUUCCUAGUAUUUCUAUAUUAUACAAUAUGACUCACAAACGAUUCUAAUAUCUAGAGUUUUGAUGCCGCGUCCUCAGUUUGACGCGAUAGUUCAACACGCACGACUUGUGUUUCUUUUUGUAUCAGUGUUAAUACCAAUUUCAACAAUGGCGGAUCCCCAGGAAUUGUCUACAAGUAUUAACCAGUUUGCUGGAAGCCUGUACAAUACGGUUGCUUCUGGCAACAAAGACAAUCUCAUCAUGUCCCCAUUGUCUGUACAAACUGUUCUAUCCCUGGUGUCAAUGGGAGCUGGUGGUAAUACUGCCACACAAAUAGCUGCUGGUUUACGUCAGCCUCAAUCAAAAGAAAAAAUUCAAGAUGACUACCAUGCAUUGAUGAACACUCUUAAUACACAAAAAGGUGUAACUCUGGAAAUUGCCAACAAAGUUUACGUUAUGGAAGGCUAUACAUUGAAACCCACCUUCAAAGAAGUUGCCACCAACAAAUUCUUAGCUGGAGCAGAAAACUUGAACUUUGCCCAAAAUGCUGAAAGCGCUAAAGUUAUCAACACUUGGGUUGAAGAAAAAACUCAUGACAAAAUUCAUGAUUUGAUCAAAGCCGGUGAUCUAGACCAGGAUUCAAGAAUGGUUCUUGUCAAUGCAUUGUACUUCAAGGGUCUUUGGGAGAAACAAUUCAAGAAGGAAAACACUCAAGACAAACCUUUCUAUGUUACUGAAACAGAGACAAAGAAUGUACGAAUGAUGCACAUUAAGGAUAAAUUCCGUUAUGGAGAAUUUGAAGAAUUAGAUGCCAAGGCUGUAGAAUUGCCCUACAGGAACUCAGAUUUGGCCAUGUUAAUCAUUUUGCCAAACAGCAAAACUGGUCUCCCCGCUCUUGAAGAAAAAUUACAAAAUGUUGACUUGCAAAACUUGACUCAACGCAUGUACUCUGUUGAAGUUAUUUUGGAUCUGCCUAAAUUCAAGAUUGAAUCUGAAAUUAAUUUGAAUGAUCCUCUGAAAAAGUUGGGUAUGUCUGAUAUGUUUGUUCCUGGAAAAGCUGAUUUCAAAGGAUUGCUUGAAGGAUCUGAUGAGAUGUUAUAUAUUUCUAAAGUAAUUCAAAAAGCUUUCAUUGAAGUAAAUGAAGAAGGUGCUGAAGCUGCAGCUGCCACAGCUUGCCACGUCCGUAUGAAGCGUUCUUUGCUGGUGUCCGAAAACCCUAUUUCAUUUAAUGCUGAUCAUAUGUUUACAUUCAUGAUUGUUGAUAGUGGUGUUUCUAUGUCUAAGCAAACAAAAGUUAUAUUUAGGGGUUGUGUUAGGACCUGUCCUGAAAUAGUUCACACUAGGGAUGAAUUCUAAUUAAUCUCUUUAAUAAUUAUUUGUUGAGAAACAUUAAUAAUUACUCAGGGACAUAUGACGAUCAAACUGACUGUUACUUAUACCAACUUUGAUCAAUAUUUUAAAAAGAUUGUUAUUAUUGUUUGUCUAAUGUAGGUUAAUUAUUCAUGUAAUGAUUCAUUGUUUAUUUGCAUCGAAUCAAUUCAUUAUGUUGGUAGUACAUAAAUAAUGUACGUGACAAGGAGCUCGGGCAUAAGCUUUGUUUAAGACUAUUUUUUAUUUUAAAUUCAAUGUUCAUUUAAAUUUUUAUUGCUUUAAGCAAGAUCAUUUACUCCUACUAUGAAUGAUCCAGUUGACCCUUCCUGAUUUCCUUCAUUUCCAUUUUGUUUCUGUUUCGAUUUUGGUUACGGUAUUAUAGUAUAUUUUUAUAAGGGGUAAAAAUAGAAAAUUACAGUAAUAAGUUAUUUUGUGAUAUUACACUAGCUCGUCCAGUUGCUUAUUAUAUGUGCAAUUUAUAUGUAUCACAUGAAAAUAUUCAUACAAAAUAAGUAUAUAUCUUCGUCCUCAUUGCCUGGUUCUUGUCUUACAAAAUUUGUUAUUGCUUUAAAUAUCUUAUUUCAAUUUCGAUUUCUGUUUUCGUAGGCGUGAUGUUAAUGAUGCGUUGUAUGCCAAUGAUGCCAAUGGCCUUCAAUGCUGAGCAUCCAUUCCUGUACUUCUUACACAGCA